UCCGCGAGAGAGGUUCGCCUCGAGCGCGAGACUUCCUGCCGCUUCAGUGUCGUGCGCGAUUCCGUACGCGGCGCUUGGCGAGGCGACAACUGUGCCAGGGCACGACUCGCCGACAGAUCGGUGACGGAUCGCCACGCGGCGUCGGGUACUUUUUCAAUCCCGGGAAUCACAAGAUUCUGGAAGCGCGAGCCUGGCCAUGAUCGAGUUCGGCGACCUUCGGUCUCGCGACAGGAAAGCGCGAUACAACGUCGAUCGAAAGGAAGACCGAAUUACAAACGGCCGCGAGAGACGUCGGGGCGAUUGAUCGCGCGUGGAAAACUCGACGUGCGAUUAGCAGACGUAGACAGAAGCACGUUGGACCGUCAGCUGGUAUCUCUCGAUGAUCGUUCGUACGGAAUAAUACUACGGCCCACGACUCGCGUGAAAAUGACGCGGGUGUAAUAGAAACCGUUUGGCAGCUGUUUGGGAGAGGAUUAAUCUUCAGGCCAGACUAAAGCCCGGGGUCCCACCGGUAGACAGGUGGCUUGUCAGUCAUCUCGCCGCGAAAUAGGAGCUCGUGCCGCGAUAGAGCCACGCGAUAGUAAAUCACAAGGUGGCGGCGGGAUUUCGCGCGGCUGUCAGGCGGAAGCGCCGCUCCAUUCCGCUCCGCUCCGCUCCGACUGACAACACCCUCUUCAGCACGUCACGCGGCCGACAGGCGAGUUUUACGAAAGGUAACCGAGACGACGACCUAGCGAGGACUCGCUAUCGCCGCCUUCGUUACCGCUGCUGUCGUCGUUAUCUUUAUUGUUGUCAUUACCGGAAACCAUCAGAGUCAAGUACUCUGCUGACUUGCCCGACACAAUUCUCGUCUGCCCGUAAAUAACACCACGCAUUUUGGCGAGUAACGGCUUGGGCGAAAUCCGGCCGUGCGGUCCCCGGGUCGCGUGUACGUGUGUGCCGCCACGGUGGAAUCCCGCUCGUAAUGACUCGUAAUUGCGCGGAGGAGGAGCCGACGUCGUGCUGGAACGAUUUAAGGGACACCUAGCAGCGCCACCCGCACCCUCCGUUUAUAAUGAUUAGGUGCACGCGACUACGGGGAUUACCUGGUUGAGGUGUAGGACCCCGAGGUGCUCCGAGACGCGAGGGUGGUCGGCUGAGACUGAAAUCUGACUACGAGGGUGGUUUGAUCGCGUCCCUGGUGAACUCCUCGUCCCUGGUACCUCUCGACCAAGCGAUCCAACGAGCCGAUCGUUAGCACGCUCGGACGUGAAUCGUCGACGUUUUCACGGCGUGCUCGAUCGUUGGAAAGAUUCAAUUGGAAGGGCGUAAUGGACACGUCACCAACGUUAAGCAUCGGCGGUUCGAGGGCCAGGGCGGCCCUUUUGACUACCAGCGGCACCGGAACCGGCAGCACCGACAGACGGGUCGUCUUUUUAGCAAGUCAACCCUCGGUCGGCAGCAGUCACGAGACCAAGACCUGGCCUCACCAUUGGUCGCCGCACACGACCGGAAACAGUUACAAAUCGCCAGAGGAAUCGCCGCACACGGAGCACAGCAGACUGAGGAUGACCAGGGGCCAAGGGGGAUGGUCCGACGAGCCCUGCACUUCCGGUAGUGCGAGUCGUCGCGGUGGAUCACGACAAACGGCGGGAUCAUCCUCGAGAUCUUCCGUUUUGGAGGAGCGCGCUUCCGGCACCACACCGUGUAAAAGUGGCUUCAGAUUAGGGGUCUACGGCUGGAGGAAAAAAUGUCUUUAUUCUCUCGUGUUGACUCUUAUUACCAUCGUCAUUCUCAACCUCGCCCUCACCGUCUGGCUUCUAAAAGUCAUGGGAUUUAGUUCCGAAGGUAUCGGCUCGCUAAAAGUGGUGCCUGGGGGAAUCGAGCUAAGAGGUCAAGCUGCCGUGUUAGACGCCCUCGUGGCCUCCAGCCUGAGAUCUCGGAGGGGCAAAAACUUAGUGCUGGAAUCAUGGAGUAAUUUUACGGCCUCGGCGAGAUCUCACGAUGGUCGGCUUCUCGCGCGAUUAACAGUUGGAGAGGAUCGCGUCGACUGUGUGUCUCGAGGUUUCCGAAUAACCGAUCCACGAGGAGGGGUGCUCUUUUCCGCGGACAGGGAACAGGUUAUCGUAGGGGCGGAAAUGUUGAGGGUGACCGGCGAUGGUGGUGCCGUUUUUCAAGGGAGCGUGCAGACUCCGCUGGUCAGAGGAGAAUCGGGACGCGGUCUCAAGCUCGAGUCAGCGACGAGAUCCUUGAAGAUAAGCGCUCCUCAGCGAGUGGUGAUCGAGUCCUGGGCAAGCGAGAUCUCAGCCUCCUGCCUGACCGAUUUGAAGCUGCAGAGCGUUCACGGUGCCAUCCGACUCGACGCCAAAUCCGUCUACGUAAAAGGCCUAAAGACGGCGGUCCCGUUGCAAGGCCACUCUUCCAGGGAGCAACAGCAGCAGCAGCAGCAGCAGCAACAGCAACAGCACUCCGGUAGAUCUUCAUCCGCUCAUCAGAGUCAAAAAGAGACGGCCAUCUAUCAGCUGUGUGCCUGCGCGACCGGCAAGCUGUUCCUCGCCAGGCCGGACGGCAGUUGUCAGGCCGACAAAUCGAUUUGCUAAUACGAUUACGCGACUCGACGGUGCGCUGCACAGGACGAUUCGUUAGGAAUUACGACGGCGAGCUAUGUGACUCGGUGAUCGUGGCGACGGAGAAAGAGCGGAAAGAGACGCACCCUGCGAUCGGCCAUCGGCGCGAACGGGGACGUGGCCUUCAUUGGGACACUAUCGCAAACGAUAUCAAACGAAGUGCAACGUGUAUCGGUAUACUCUGAGCAGCCGAGAACGAAUUGGAGGAAGGGACUCGGUGAAUACGAAUAGUCGAAGUCUAAUUAAUUAUUCCCAGCACGCGGUAUUUUUCAAUGAACGCGCGACGGCGUGUGUGUGCGCGAUACGCCUUCAAGUGCCGAGCGCCCUUCGAGAAUCUCUUCUGGUUGGUUUAUUUAGGGCCUAAAAUCUGUGUGUGCGACGAGCGACGUCGCGUCUCUCCAAAGUGCGUACAUGUCAAUUAAAUUGGAAUUGCAUCGAGCGCUUUUCUUCCAUCCUCGCCCUCUCCCCUUUUUUCUCACUGUUUCUCUCCUUCCUUUUUUUCCUUUCCGCCCCCCGCGUAUUUCACGGUAUUUCGACGCGUCAGUCGCGAUUUAAUUGAGUUGUCGUAUAAGGGCACAAUGUCGGGGGCGUUACCGCGGCUUCAAUCCCGCGCUUAAGGCACACGUCAAUCUUCUCUCUAGUCACGGCGCGUUCAUUCGCACGAGCCAAUUUUCCGUUCCGUGAAAUAUCCGGCGACCGAUCCAGCGGCGAGACGCGCAAAUGAAACGACGCGCGAGCGUUUUCCUCGCAGCGGGGAGGAACGCGCCCGUCGCGCGCGCACAAAGGGAAUUCUCACGAGGUCUUGACCGGAAAAAUUCUCUCUCUCUCUCUCUCUCCCUCUCUUCUUCUCGAAUUCGCGAGUAUUCGGGGAAUUCUCUCUGUAAAGAAUAUUCUUUCCGAGGCAAUGCUCACCGAAAGGUGGUUCCCUCUCGCUUUAGCUGUUCCUCGCGUCAGUGUCGGUGGCACGCAAUGCGACACGCAAUGCGCGCGAAAAAGAGAACGAGAGAGCGCGAGAUUCUUGCCGAAAGUCUCCACUCUUGCAUUGUGGAAGACGCCUCGCUCGCUCGCUCGACGCCUUGGACUCGGCUCGAAUUUAUAUAUUUUUUUUCUCCGGAGUAGGGCGAACAUUUGUCGGGGAUCCUCGGGGUGUCCACGUUCGUCCGCUGAACGCAAUCCUUAAUCUCGCUAAAUUUAGCAUAAUUGAAAAAAAAGAGAUAUCAACUAAGAUGGCUGCGUGCUGGGUGCCAGAUUAAUCGCACGAGAUGUUAAACGUGAUGCUGAAGACGAGAGACAAUGAAAACAGGAAUUCGGAACGCUUGGUAUCGUCGAGACGAAAGCGCGCUCGUCGCCGUUAGACGGUGCCCGAUAAAAUCGAAUCGACGAACCCCUUCCUCCUCCCUCGAGAUCAUCCCUCUUUCGUUCCCAUCCCUUCGUAGCACUUCCUUCAUCUCUCCUUGCGCGUUCGAUAUACUUUAUAUCUUGUGUAUUGGGUGUACGCCUCGCGCGGCGAAACCACUUGUAGGCAAAUCGUUCGUAGCUCCCCGCGCUCUCGCUCGGUGCUGAUGGCACGGGGCACCCUUUCAGGGAGAUAUCACCCCUCGCUUUUUUCUAAACGCGGUGUCUGUUUAACCCGUGCUCCGAUACAAAGUAGAAGCGUUGUUGUAAGUAGGGCGACGACUGCGCGUGCCGCCGGAAAAGGGGGGAGAAAGUUUAGUAAGAAAGAGAAUGUAUAUGUCGCAAAAGUAUGUACGUGAGAGUAUGCGUGCGAAUGUGCGUGUAUACGUGAGAGGAACGUGAGAGAGAGAGACUGUAAACGGUAGUUUGACGCAACCGGAUCGGAUCGCGAUCCAGCUUGUACGCUGUACAUCGGCCAUGUCCAUUUAUUUAUGUAUGUGGCAAUAAAGUCGUUAUUGUUACUAUUAUUAUUAA